ACGGUGAGGAAGCGGAUCUUGACAGUGCCACUGGCACAUGAUUCCUCUGUUUACAGCCAUCCGUUAAAAACAUGGAGGACGCGACCAGCAGUAAUCCUCAAUCUCUUGGAUUUACAGAUAAAUUAAAAUCAUGGUUGUCCUGGUCAUGGACAUACAUAUGUGCCGUUUGGUUUGCUAUGGUUUUAACUAUGAUCUAUGUUCUGCGAAGCCCCUUGAAACUGCAGGACACUCUUACCUCAGCAUCUGUGUUCUUGAAUACACUGACCCCUAAAUUCUAUGUGGCACUCACUGGAACAUCCUCUCUCAUCUCUGGCCUAAUCUUGAUAUUUGAGUGGUGGUACUUCCGUAAGUAUGGAACCUCAUUCAUCGAGCAGGUGUCUGUUAGCCAUCUGCGACCCCUCCUAGGUGGGGUGGAGAGCAGCUCAACCACUGGCCUGUUCUCCUCAGUCAACGGAGAGGCUGAGCCCAGACCCAGUGUCUCAGAGUGUAAAGUUUGGAGGAAUCCAUUAAAUCUAUUCAGAGGAGCAGAAUACAGCAGGUACACCUGGGUGACUGGAAAGGAGCCUUUGACGUACUACGAUAUGAACCUGUCUGCUCAAGACCACCAGACUUUCUUCACUGGUGACACUCAGCAAAUCAAGGCUGAAGAUACUGUGAUGCAGAAGGCCUGGAGGGAGAGGAAUCCCCAAGCCAGGAUAAGAGCAGCUUACCAGGCCAUAGAGAUGAACCACGAGUGUGCUGCUGCCUAUGUGCUACUGGCAGAGGAGGAAGCCACCACCAUCACAGAGGCUGAGAGGCUGUUUAAACAAGCCCUGCGAAGUGCUGGCAAAGACAUCAACUUGCUGGUGUACAUCAAACGCAGACUGGCCAUGUGUGCACGCAAGCUGGGACGCAUCAAGGAGGCAGUGAAAAUGAUGAGAGAUUUAAUGAAAGAAUUCCCACUGUUGGGAAUGUUGAAUAUACAUGAAAACCUCCUGGAGGCACUACUGGAGCUGCAGGCCUACGCUGAUGUACAAGCAGUCCUCGCCAAAUAUGACGAUAUCAGCUUGCCAAAGUCAGCCACUAUAUGCUACACAUCUGCACUGCUGAAAGCACGGGCUGUAUCAGAGAAGUUUUCUCCUGAGGCAGCAUCCCGGCGGGGCCUGAGCACUGCAGAGAUGAACGCUGUGGAGGCUAUACACAGAGCUGUGGAGUUUAACCCACAUGUGCCAAAGUAUUUAUUAGAGAUGAAGAGUCUGAUCCUGCCUCCAGAACACAUCCUGAAGAGGGGGGACAGCGAGGCGGUGGCCUACGCCUUUUUUCACCUGCAGCAUUGGAAGAGGGCCGAGGGAGCCUUAAACCUGCUGCACUGCACCUGGGAAGGCACUUUUCGGAUAAUUCCCUACCCUCUAGAGAAGGGUCACCUGUUUUACCCCUACCCUGGGUGCACAGAAACAGCAGAUCGGGAACUGCUGCCGACCUUCCAUGAGGUGUCUGUGUACCCGAAGAAAGAGCUUCCCUUCUUCAUCCUCUUCACAGCGGGCCUUUGCUCCUUCACAGCCAUGCUGGCCAUGCUCACACACCAGUUCCCUGAGCUCAUGGGUGUCUUUGUCAAAGCAUUCUUCAGCACCCUCUUCACACCCCUGGGUUUCUUCGCAGACAAGAUGGAGAGCUUCAUGCCAUCCAGUUUCUGGCAUCAGCUGACUCGAAUCUGACCCCAUCUCACACACGUACACAUACACACCCCUCAGACACCAACACUCCAAAACUACAGACAGAAAUGUUUGCUCUCCUGUCUUCAGCGUGCACACACACUUGUUGUUUUGGUACUGAUUAUGUUGGCCAAGUCUUGUAUCAACAUCCAGACGCAACUCAGAGAUGCAACUGCUAAGAAGCCAGGUUUUUAAAGUAAACAUUUACCAGAUAUUCACGCAGUUAUUCGUUUAUUAUUAUUAUAGGAACUUGAAGUUAUGUUGAGUUACACAGAACGGUAAAUAGAAAGUAUUUCAACCUACAUUUUACUUCCAAGUCCCACCUCUAAAUUACGUCAAUCUCUCAUACACUUCUGAAUUAAGUGCUGAAACAAAAAAUGUAUUAUUACGUCAUGUUUCAUUAUUGUGAAGGCUAACACUACAGUUCAUGGAAGUAGUAUCCCUCUGUUCUGUUCUAGGGUUGCAAAAUUCCAGGAACUUUUGAUAAAUUCCCUGAUUUUCCUGAGAUCCUGGUUGUAGAAUUCCAGAUUUCCUCCUGAUUCCCGUACUGAUUCCCGUACUGAUUCCCGUCUGAUUCCCCUCCUGAUUCCCCUACUGAUUCUGGGAAUCCUCCAACUGGGAUUUUGGGAAAAACAUGGAAUUUAUUGAAAGUUCCCGAAAUUUUGCCACCCUGGUUCUCGUGUUGCUAUUCAUAAUAUCUUGCCAAAUGUAUUGUCUGUUAGCUGGUGCAGCAGGAGACAGAUGGAUGUCUAUAGAAAAGAAUACUAGAAGGCCUGUUUUCCACGAUCGCAUGUCUGAACAGACACAUUCAUGUUCACUAGAAUAAGGUAGAGCCAUGUAUUUAGACAGUUGGGACAUUGUGGUUUCUGCUUUAUGAUGCAUUUACAUGAGACAACAAUACAUGGCAGCCAUGUUAGCGGCCAUUUACAUUACAUGGGAAAUAUGUCUAUAAUGCUAUGUAACAAUGUCUAGAAUUAGAACAAUAUCAUUUAAAAAAAAUCUAAAUACAUGGCUCUAGAAUAAGGUCUGUGUGUCAUGCCAGUUCAUAUGGGUUGAGACAAACACAUAGCCUUUAUGGUACAUAGUCAUCCUAUGGGGCAGAGUUUAAGUUUGUGAGACCUUCUAAAAACAGAUCCUUGAUUUACUGCUUCACUCUGUCUGUAGUGUAUACAACGCCUGCAGUGUUUUGCCAGUUGUUGCCACAGCAUGCCAACUCCGCGCUAUAUCACUGGCAACCUGCGCCCCCUCAAAUGUAGCAUAAACAUGUAAGUGGGAUUAUGACCGGUUACGGCAUGGGUAGUCAUGGCAUCACUCACAGCCAAUCACAUAACUGAACGCUGCGUUUCCAGGUCCUCUAUGAGUUGUAGUCAACUCGUAUUGCUCAGGUGUAAUCAGCCAAUCACAACAGGCCGCUUUGUUUGAAUCACUGUGUGGUUUCACCGUAGCCUCAACAGCAAAUACUCUGAACUGUGAUCUAAGACUAGUCAAUAGCCUACAGUAUAUAUUGUGGCAGGACUCGAUAUUUGAUCAUGAAUGGCACAAAGGGCCUUUUGUACCUCACUGACUAAACAGACAGAUUGGAUUUAAAUGGCCUGAUGAAAUGAAAAGCUAUUUUUCACAAUACUCCCAGAUAUGUAUUGUAUUGAUGAACCAAUGUUUCGGCACACUGGUUUCAGAACCUGCUCAUUCAUUUGCUAAUUCCUUCAACUAUUUUAUGUAUUUUAUCAUACAUAAACCCAAUUAUGAGUGAAGAUGGCAGCAAGAGCUGACUGUUUAUUGGUUGCUGGUAGUGCAUUGCAUCCAGGGCCGGACUAAUGCAUUUUGGGCCUCGGGGCCCCAAAAAAUAUAUAGUUUGGGAGGAGAAUACAGCUAACUUUCUGCAUUUCAACAUGUGCAGUUUUAUAAUGCAAUUCUACACAUUUUGUCACGUGCCCGUUCGAUAAUCCCGCCCUGUUUACAUAAUGUGAUAUUUGUGCACUGUGCUUGAACAGCACUUAUGAUUGGUUUGCUACUUUCAUUCAAUUUAUGUGUCAGAGCCAUCAACACUCCUACCUGGCUAUACUGUGCACUAUCUGGGUGUAAUUACUGUACACUAUUUUAAUUCCAUACUGUUGGAUUAUAUUUGGGAUAGUCCAGAAUAACAAGAUGAAAUGCUGAAGACAGAAGUCCUAUUUGAACUUACUACCAUAUGAGUUAGAUAGCUCACAAUAAAUUGGUUCUUGAAUGUAAAUCUAAUGCGUUUGUGUUUGAAUUUUUGUUGUACUUUGUGAACAAAUAAAUUUAAAAAACAGA